AUGGUCAAAGAGGGUAUUGUGCUAGGUCAUAAGAUUUUUGAAAAAGGGUUGGAGAUCGAUAAGGUGAAGAUAGAGGUGAUUGAGAAAUUGCCUCCUCCUAUCUUUGUAAAGGGUGUCCACAACUUCCUUGGACAUACAGGGUUUUAUAGGCAUUUUAUCAAGGAGUUCUCUAAAAUUGCACACUCUUUGUGCAAGUUAUUAGAGAAGGAGAUAAGGUUUUACCUCGAUGAGGAGUGCAUGAAAGCGUUUGAGUGCUUGAAGGAGAAGUUGAUCUUAGCUUCAAUGAUUGUUGCUCUUGGUCUGCCCUAUUUGGAUCAUGUGUGA